AUGGGCGAGACACACUCCAGCUUCAUUCCGAGCGGCAGUGGGGCAUAUGGCACGGACAGUGAGCAAGAUGACUGGCCGCAAGGCAACGGCGCAGGCCACGGCGUAGCAAGCACACCUGUAAGGCGCCGAAUCUUGGCUAACCCUACGAGUCUGCCUCCUUAUGGCAUCUCAAACCUCAUCUACAAAGCGAAGCGCCGUAACGAAUCCACAAAGACUUGGAGACGCACACGGGUUGGAAACUCAACCGCAGCCAACAAGUCUGCAGCACGUGGCAAUGGCCGUGGUUCUGGCAAGUCCAAACCUUUGGAGUCAGCUUCCAGCAACAAAUACCACAAGGCGGUCUUUCCUGGCAUGAGAGUUCCAGUGUAUAUGCGCAAGGAUGGUUGGGGAGCCCGUGCAGUCACCCAAUCUCGCCAACCUGAGUAUGUGCCAGUUAUGUCGGUCCAAUGCCCCAUGCCUGGUGGCACAGCAGUCACUAUGGCCACCGAUCCGGUGCAGAAGGUCAGAUGGGGCCCAAUCACGAGGAUUGAGGCAAGCAAGGAAGCACGAGAGCUGAUCAACCUUUGGCGUGAGGCCGUGGAGGAUUCAAAGAAAGCAAAAGGCAAAGCCAAAAGCAAAGAAGGGGAUGAAAGCGAAGAAGACGCAUCAGACAAGCCUGUCAAGACAAAGAAAGCGAAGAACGUUGAUAAUGGUACCACAGUUGCCACAGGUUUCGAGUUUGAUGGAGAGUCUGGGCAUCAAAAUAUCUCCUCCAUCAAAGACGACCUCACACCAGCAACAACCUCUCAAGCAGAAACUGAGGCCACUACAGACACCAACCCUCCACGUCGCUUCCUGAAACCCCCACCUCCAACACCUCCUGAUACAAUUUUCCACAAGACACACUCAGUAGAAGCAGCUCUGUCGAUGCCGACUCUGCCGAUGCUCCACCGUAUCUCUGAUCCACAACUGGUCGAACAGUAUCGCCUCCAGCAUGCCAUGGACCCAGAAGCCUUCGAAAAAGAAACCCGUGCCAUCAAGAAAGGGCUUGUGGGUGCAAAGGUUGCCAGGGGUGGGAAACCGAGACUGUUGAAGAACGAAUAUACUGUUGAGUUGGCGAGUCGCGAGGAUGCGGAGACUGCAGAAAAAUGGGUCAGAGACCAGGGGAGAACCUUCGGAGUUUCAGACAUGAGAAGCAGGGCGAACAGUAUGCUGGCGGCAAGCGAUGCUGGGUCUGCAUCUGAAGAGCUGCGUUUGAAGAUGAGAGGCGGAGAAAUGGGGAAUGCAGAUUUGGCGAGCACUGUGAAUACAAAGAAGGAGUGUAAAGAAGAAGACAAGCCACAGGACAUAUCGGAACAGCAGUUUCCAACGCUUCAACCCGCCAAGCACGCUGCAGCAGACGCAGAAGGGGUGGACGAGACCUUGUCUGCAGAGCCAAAGGACAAGCAAAACACAUCCUCCGAUUCGACCACGACUGCCAAAUACACCCUACUGAGAUCCAAGCCAACGCUACGCCACAUCAGAUCUCAGCUAUCGCGCCUCGACCUCUCAGAGCACGUAAGUAAGAUCACUACUUACGGCAGCGUGCGUCACCAACAUUCUGUCAAGAGAGAGGCUGAUGAUCUCGGCGAGAGGCGCACGGUCAAGACUUGGAUUGAGAUAACCGAAGUCUAUGAAGUGCCGAGUGCCAGCGCACUCACUUUUCAAGAUGUUGUUGCAGCGGUUGAUGAAGAAGCUGAAGAGCGUGACACUGAGGAGGAAGGUUGGGAGGGUGGGAGUGACGAGGAAUGGAGCAGGGACAGCGACGAGAGCGACAAUGACACUGCAAAGGAAAGUGGGAAGCGGAUGAAGAAGAACAAAAAGUCCAUAUUCAAGUCGAAGGGCAAAGCCAAAGCAUCGAUGACCUUAGAGAGUGACGAGGAAGAGUACGAUUCAGACUCCAAUUCCGCGUUGUCUUCGUCCUCAACCACAUCCGAGUCCGACAGCGCGUCCGACCACGCCGGCGUCCACGCAUCAGCCAAAGGGCAUCACGACCCCGAGGAGACAGACGCCGAAGCACUAUUCCGUUCUCUCUCGCGUUUCGGAGAGGUCAACGCUGAGAGGAUUGCGCAGGUGAGCAGCGACCUGAGAGCGUUGAUGGCCGGUUUGAGGACAGAAGGGAAGUUGGAGACGAGCGAGGACUGA